GAGUGAGAUGCAGCGCAGUCGAGGGUCGGACACACAGUAGCAGCAGCUCGGGGAGGGGGGGGAAACAUGGCAGUGCUGCUGCCGGUCCUGCUGAGCCUGGGCGCCCUGCUCGUCACCCUGCUCUACCUGUCGGGGGCUUUCAGGCGGCGGCGGCCGGGCGAGCCCCCGCUGGACCGGGGCCGGCUGCCCUGGCUGGGGCACGUCCUCUCCUUCAGGCGGGACACGGCGGAGUUCCUGCGGCGGAUGCAGGGCGAGCACGGCGACGUCUUCACGGUGCAGCUGGCCGGCGACUACGUGACCUUCCUGAUGGAGCCGCACUCGUACGGCGCGGUGGUGAAGGAGUCCCGGGCCAGGCUGGACUUCGAGAAGUUCGCCGUGGAGCUGGUGGCGCGGGUGUUCGGCUACCACGCCCGGGCGGACGACCACCAGCGGCUGGAGGCGGUCAGCCACCGGUACCUGAUGGGGGACGGCCUGGAGGAGCUGACCGAGGCCAUGAUGCUGAACCUGCAGAACCUGAUGCUGGACGAGGCGGCCGACGGCGGCUGGAGGGAGAGCGGCCUCUUCCACUUCUGCUACAGCGUGGUCUUCCGCGCCGGCUACCUCUCGCUGUUCGGCAACGAGCCGGCCCCCGGCGGCGACCAGGCCGCGGGCCGGCUGCUGGACCGCCAGCGCUCCGCCGGCCUCUUCGCCGACUUCCGCCGCUACGACCGGCUCUUCCCGCGGCUGGCCUACGCCGUGCUGCCGCCGGCGCAGAAGCUGGAGGCCGAGCGCCUCAAGCGCCGCUUCUGGGAGGCGCUGUCCGUCGCCAGGCUGCGGCGGCGCGACAACGUCAGCGGCUGGGUGUCCGAGCGCCAGCGGCAGAUGGAGGAGCAGGGCCUCGGGGCCGCCAUGCGGGACCGCUACAUGUUCCUGCUGCUGUGGGCGUCGCAGGGCAACACCGGGCCGUCCGCCUUCUGGCUGCUGCUGCACCUGGCGCGCUGCCCCGACGCCCUGCGCGCCGUCAAGGCCGAGGCCGACGCCCUGCUCCAGGAGAGCGGCCAAGAGGCCGGGCCCGGCAAGCCGCCCGUCCGCCUGACCCGGCGCAUGCUGCAGCAGUGCCCGGUGCUCGACAGCGCGGUGGAGGAGAGCCUGAGGCUGGCCGCCGCCCCCGUCCUCAUCCGGGCCGUGCUGCAGGACAUGCCGCUCCGGCUGCAGGACGGCCGCGAGUACCGCCUGAGGCGCGGGGACCGCGUCGCCCUCUUCCCUUACCUGUCCCUGCAGAUGGAUCCCGAGAUCCACCCGGAGCCCUCCGAGUUCCGCUACGACCGCUUCCUGCAGCCCGGCGGCCGCCUCCGCAAGACCGACUUCUUCAAGGGCGGCCGCCGCCUCAAGUACUACACCAUGCCGUGGGGGGCGGGGGUCAGCAUGUGCCCCGGACGCUUCUUCGCCGUCAACGAGCUCAAGCAGUUCGUCUUCCUCAUGCUGGUCUACUUCGACUUCGAGCUGCUGCAGCCCGAGCUCGGGGUGCCCCCGAUCGACCGCAGCCGCUGGGGUUUCGGCACCAUGCAGCCCACCCACGACGUCCCCUUCAGAUACCGCAUGCGGUUCUGAGCGGCCCCGGGCUCUCCCAGCGUCCUCCGCGGUCCAUAGCCGCGCCCCUUUCCGCCCUGGUGCCCCGCCUCUCUCGCUCU